CCAUUUAAGAAAAAGGUACCUGCGCGACUGGUUUUCUUGUCAGACCGAAUAAAUAUUUAUUUUUUAUAAGCUCCUUCAAGACACCUUUUAAACAAAAACUUUGUUUGAAUAUACCCGAUAUAAAAUAAACCAUAAAACGGUGGCUAUGGAAACACCCAGUAACCACAGGAGAAGCAGUAGCGCAAACGACGCCAUUACACCCACGAGUCAUCGUCGAAUUCCUUUUGUUCAUCGUUUAUCAUCAUUUAGACGCAAUCACCAUAAUAGAGGAACUUCGUCGUCUUCGCAAUUGUCGUCAAGUCUGUCCGAUACCACCAGCACCACCAAGCCCAAAGAUGAUAUGCUAUCUUCAGAUUUAAUCCUGAAAGUUGCUAUUGUUCGAGGUCGCAGUUUGGCCCGAGAAGAUGAGGCAAAUAUUCCGAAUCCAUACGCAAGUGUAAGAUUUGGAGGGAUUCGACACAGAACAGAUACGAUAAAGAAGUCGUCUGAUCCAGAAUGGCUUUGCACUUUUGAGUUCAAUUUAUCAAAUGAUAUCAUUGGCCAUAAAAAAAGAUUGAGGGCUUUAAAAAAUCAUGGUUUAACCGUUACCGUUUAUAGCAAAGACAGGUUUACCUCCAUUUUCUUGGGCCAAGUGCAUUGGUCAUUUGAUCAACUCUUUCAAAAUCAAUCAAUCGCUUUUGAUGGGAAUAACGUACGUGCUCAGUAAUGAAUACGUGUAACGUGCGCUAAUUUUUUUUUAAAUAGGCUAAAUGGUUUCCGCUGUCCCAAACCAGUCAGCGAAGCAAAAGAUUUAAUUUAAGAA